UGACUGAGGGAGGGCGCGCCGCGGCCUGCUUGCCUCGGAACGGACCCGGCUGAGCGGGGAGGGGGGGAGAGGGCAGCACGAGGGAAGCACCAGGCCUCAGCUGCCCGACCGCGCGGCGGGACAGCAAGUGCGCAACUCUGAAAAGCUUGAUUCAAGGAGAUCUUGUUCUCUUUGAGUGCAACCUAGGAAGGAACAUGGAUCAUCUGGCAUCAUUCAGCAAUGACCCUUUUGACAAACCGCCAUGCCGAGGAUGCUCCUCCUACCUUUCAGAACCUUACAUAAAGUGUGCAGAGUGUGGGCCACCUCCUUUCUUGCUGUGCUUGCAGUGUUUCACAAGAGGAUUUGAAUACAAGAAACACCAGAGUGAUCACACCUAUGAAAUAAUGACCUCCAACUUCCCUGUGCUGGAUCCUACUUGGACAGCGCAAGAGGAAAUGGCCCUCCUGGAAGCUGUGAUGGACUGUGGCUUUGGAAACUGGCAGGAUGUAGCCAAUCAGAUGAGCACCAAGUCGAAAGAGGAAUGUGAAAAGCAUUACAUGAAACACUUCAUCAACAACCCCCUCUUUGCAUCAUCAUUAUUAAACCUGAAGCAGGCGGAAGAGAGCCAGCACACCACAGCCAUUCCGUUUUACUCUUCUGAAGAUCCUCCGAGACCUACCUUUGACUCCCUGCUCUCAAGGGAUAUGGCUGGAUACAUGCCAGCAAGGGCAGAUUUCAUUGAGGAGUUUGACAAUUAUGCUGAAUGGGAUCUAAGAGAUAUAGAUUUUGUGGAGGACGACUCCGAACUCUUACAUGCUUUGAAGAUUGCGGUUGUAGAUAUCUACCAUUCUAGGUUAAAGGAAAGGCAACGCAGGAAAAAAAUUAUAAGAGACCAUGGACUCAUCAAUCUCAGAAAGUUUCAGAUUCUGGAAAGAAGAUACCCAAAGGAGGUUCAAGAUCUUUACGAGAUGAUGAGGCGCUUUGCAAGAAUACUGGGACCAACAGAGCAUGAUAAAUUCAUAGAGAGCCAUGCAUUGGAGUUUGAGCUACGAAAGGAAAUCAAGCGGCUGCAGGAAUACAGGCUGGCAGGGAUCACCAACUUCUGCAGCGCAAGAACGUUCGACCGCCUCAAGAAGACCCGCGAGGAGGAGAGCCUGAAGCGCACCAUGCUCACCGAAGUCCUGCAGUACAUCCAGGACAGCAGUGCCUGCCAGCAGUGGCUCAGCCGGCAAGCCGACAUAGAUUCUGGACUGAGUCCCACCAUGUCAGUUACAUCAAAUUCAGGUAGGAGAAGUGCUCCUCCACUGAACCUCACCGGCCUCCCAGGAACAGAGAAACUUAAUGAGAAAGAAAAAGAGCUCUGUCAGGUGGUUCGACUGGUCCCAGGAGCCUACUUGGAGUAUAAAGCAGCCUUAGUCAACGAGUGCCAAAAACAAGGAGGGCUGAGGCUCGCCCAGGCACGUGCCCUCAUCAAGAUCGACGUGAACAAGACCAGAAAAAUCUAUGACUUCCUUAUCCGAGAAGCAUACAUCACCAAAGCCUAGUGGAAAAAGACUUUAGGAGUUCUUCCAUAGUGCUUUGGAAUCUUAAGUCCCCAAAGGUCUUUGCUGGUGGUUGUCUAGGAAAUUUGUGAAGCGCUCCCAGUAAAGAUUAACUUCUUGUACUGCUUUCCUUUUUAACUCCACAAUGUAUUUUAUUAUUAUGCUGCUAUGAACUUCUUGAAAAGGGGUGUAAUCUAUUAUUAAACAAUGAAUGGGCA